AUGCCCGAGCGAAACACAGGAGGAGAAGGAGCUGCUGGAGCUCGAAGGAGGAGAUCUAGCAGUAUCCUCCAGGUCUACCAUGAGCCUCCUGAGACCCUCGAGCAAAUCAGUGAUCAGGCUUCUCUGCCUAAUCUCAACGCCAACUGGACAAACGCUAAAGGUGCCUGGACCAUUCAUCUUGUCCUGAUUCUCUGCGCCAAGAUUAUCUUUGACGCCAUUCCUGGUGUCUCGCAGGAGACGUCGUGGACCCUUACCAACAUGUCCUACAUGUUUGGCUCCUACAUCAUGUUCCACCAUGUCCGCGGCGUUCCUUUCGAUUUCAACAGCGGCGCCUUUGACAACCUCAACAUGUGGGAGCAAAUUGAUAACGGGGCACAAUACACACCUACCAAGAAAUUCCUUCUUAGUGUGCCAAUCGCACUGUUCCUUGUCAGCACUCACUACACACAUUACGACUUGACGUACUUUACCAUCAACCUUUUGGCUGUCUUGGGAGUCGUCAUCCCUAAGCUACCUUUUAGCCACCGAAUGCGGUUCGGACUAUUCUCAGGUGUCCCGGAGGAAUAG